AUGGACGGCAUAUUUGGUGAUUUUGAAGGCUUGGUGGUACCGAGACCUGUAGAACAUUUGGGGAACUCGGACCUUUCCUUUGGUGGGAAGUUGAGAUCGCCGUUGAAGAUCCACGAGGACGGUGGAGAGAGUGGGUGUGGUGGGAAGGUUUGGAUCGCCGGUGAGCUGCUUUGUGACUUCAUCCUGGAGAAGUCUGGCACUGAAGACCUACUGAACAAGUGGCCUCACGAUGGAGAAAGACGUUUUAGAAACGUCCUGGAAUUGGGGAGUGGGACAGGCCUCGUCGGACUGUGCGUGGGACUGCUAGAGAAGAAUAGGUUCCAUAAGAAUAUUGGCGUGCACAUCACCGACAUUGACCAGCUGGUGCCACUGAUGCAAAGGAACAUUGAGCUUAACGGUGUUUCCAAGGAAGUGGUUGCUGAGGGACUGUGGUGGGGUGAGCCCUUACUGGAGAGUUUUGCACCUUCCACAGUGGACAACCUGCCCAAGACCAAUGUGGUAGAUCUCAUUCUUGCCGCCGAUUGUGUCUACUUGGAGGACGCCUUCCCUCUUCUGGAAAGGACGUUGUUGGACCUGACAGAGUCAGAGACACCACCUGUCAUCUUGAUGUCGUAUAGAAAGCGUCGAAAGGCCGACAAGCACUUCUUCAACAAGAUCAAGAAGAACUUCGAUGUUAUCGAGGUGAAAGAUUUUACCAAGUAUGAGAUGUACUUGAAGAUGCGAACUCAUCUGUUCCAGCUUGCCAGGAGAUUUUAG